AUACUUGUUGGAAUAUAUCAUUUAUCAGAAUUCAUGAAAAGAAAAGUGACUUUUAUAAAAAUUAUACUUUAAUUGAUAAAAUCAUCUAUGAUAAAAGAAAAAUUUUUUAUUUGAGUUUCUUUUAUCUUUUUAAUUGAAUUUCAUUCAAACAUUCAAAUUUUAAAACAACAAUUAUUACAUGAUAACUUGCAAAAUAUGUAGCAGUUUUUGUAAUCGUAAUCAUCGUAGCUAUAAUAGCCAAUAUUUAUAGGAAAUUUAUUAAAUUUCAUUUUUUGGUUUUUUCUAUAAACCUUUUCAUGACAGCAAUAAACGUAAAUUGGUUGCAUUCAGUUGAGGGAGAAUCAUUGAUGCAUCAUUUUUAUAUAAACACAUCUAAGAAAAGAAGAUUUUAUGGUAUUCUUGAAAGACCACCUUUACCUUCUUCGAUUGAAGAAGUUACAUAUAAAAUUUUUAUGAUUGGAAGAUCUGGAGUAGGAAAAACUGCUGUUGUAGCUCGACUUGCUGGAAUAUUAGAAUCUAAUACUUAUACUGAAACUAAUGGAAUAAAAAAGACAAAUGUAUUUUGGCCAGUUAAGAUAUGGGAUAAAGUUGUAUUGUUUAAAUUACAAUUUUGGGAUACUUCAGAAGCAAGCAUUAAAAAAUAUAAUCACAUAUUGCCUGCAUGCAAAGACAAAGUAGAUGCUAUAUGUUCCGUAUUUUCUUUUGAUGAUGCAACAGGAUUUAAUGAUGUACCAUAUUUGAUGAAUACUAUGACAGCCAUAAAAGAGAAACCGGCAAAUAUAGUAAUAGGAACAAAAUUUAAACCAUGGUCCAGUUCUACAAUAGAAGAUGCACGGAUAAAAGAAUUUGAAGACAAAUGGAAAGUUAAAGUUAUUAGAAUUGAUAUUAAUAAAUUUCCUAUAAGAUCUGAAGUGUUUGACUGUUCUUAUCAGCUAAAUACUAUAUGUAAUAUUCUUUGGAAUAGAGAUAAAGAAUUUAUAUCUAAACAAAUGGGACAAAACUAACAAAUCUUUCUAUAUAUUUUUA